CCAUGUGCUGCACAUUGCCUUGACUUGAUGUUGGAAGAUAUUGGAAAGCUACCAAACAUCAAGAGGACAUUGGAGAGGGCUAUAUCACUAAAUCGGUAUAUUUAUAAUCGCUCAGGGCUACUCAACAUGAUGAGGCGGUUUACUGGACAAAGGGAAUUGCUUAGGCCUGCUAAGACUCGGUUUGCAACUGCUUUCAUCACAUUAUCGCGAUUGCAUGAACAAAAAAACAAUUUGAGGAAGAUGUUUACAAGCUCAGAUUGGUUAGAUAGUAAAUGGGCAAAAGAGUAGAAGGGGAAAACUAUAGCCAACAUAGUUCUAAUGCCUUCAUUUUGGAACACUAUUGUGUUUUGCUUAAAGGUUUCGGGUCCCCUAGUUCGUGUGCUUCGUUUGGUUGAUGGUGAAAAAAAAGCUCCUAUGGGAUACAUCUAUGAGGCCAUGAAUAGAGCUAAGGAUGCAAUUGUGAGAAGUUUUAAUGGAAAUGAAGAGAAGUACAAAGAAAUCUUCAACAUCAUUGAUAAGAGGUGGGAGAUUCAGCUUCAUCGGCCUUUGCAUGCAGCAGGGUACUUUUUGAACCCGGAAUUCUUCUAUGAUAAGCCAGAAAUAGAGCAUGAUGCCGAGAUUAUGAGUGAUUUGUAUAAAUGCAUCUUAAGGCUAACAAGAGACCCUGCUAAGCAAGAAAAAGUUGUGGCCGAAGUGAGUUUGUUCACAAAUGCCCAAGGACUAUUCGGGAAUGAGUUAGCUGUUAGGACAAGAAAGACUAGAGCACCAGCUGAAUGGUGGGCUGCAUAUGGAGCUUCAGCUCCAAAUUUGCAAAAGUUUGCAAUGAAAGUCCUCAACUUAACAUGCAGUGCAUCGGGUUGUGAACGGAAUUGGAGCAUCUUUGAGAAUAUUCAUAGCAAGAGGAGAAAUAGGUUAGAUCAUCAACGCUUGAAUGAUUUGGUGUACAUCAAGUAUAAUCGAGCCUUGAAGAGAAGAUACAAUGAACGUAACACCAUUGACCCAAUUUCCUUGAAAGAUAUAGAUGAUAGCAAUGAAUGGUUGAUAGGGAGAAUGGAAGAUGAGGAUUCUCAUGGAGGUGCACAAGAUGAUUUUGUAUUUGAUGAUGACAAUUUGACAUGGGGUGAUGUUGCUAGAGCUGCUGGAGAUGAGGAGGCCAGGUUUGAUACUAGAGCUAGAGCUAGAGCAAGCUCAAGCAUAAUACCACCAACAAGGGGGAUAGCUUCAAGUUCUAGAACUUUGCCUUCUUAUUCACUAAUAGAUGAAGAUGAAGAUGGAGACAUGGUUAAUUCAGCAGAUGAAGAAGAUGGGGAAGGCUACAAAUGUGGUGAUGGAAAUGAUGAUGAUGAUGAUUUUGUUGAUUUAGAGGAGGAGUGAUGAUUGCUUGUUGUGGACAAAUUUGUGAUUUAAGUGUUUUUUAAUGAUGUUUUUGAAUUGUGGACAAAUUUCAUGUUUUGGACCUUUAGGUUUGGAAACUUUGGAUUUGGAUAUGUAUUAGGCAAUUAGCAAUAUGGAUUUGGAUUUGUUUUUA